UCAUUGACUGGGUUUGUGGGUGGAUGGGACUUUGUGUGCCCUCCGGGAGGAUCAGCGGCGGUGUCUGUGGCCUCCUGAGCGGCCGUAGUCUGACGUGGGCGAAGAAUCUGGGAGUUUCUACAACACAAUUGCGCAUGUCGAACAACGGCAGCAGCAUAGAAUCGAACCCAAAGGUUCAAAAAUUAAAUCAAAUCAUCGGAAGCGACUCCGCUGGUGGUUGGGAAAAGAGCUGGCAGCAAGGACAUACUCCAUGGGAUUUGGGAAAGCCAACACCUAUAAUUCAACACCUUCAUCAGACUGGAACCCUUCCCAGUGGCAGGACUUUGGUCCCUGGUUGUGGCUGUGGUUAUGAUGUGGUAACAAUUGCAUGCCCUGAACGUUUUGUUGUGGGGUUGGACAUAUCAGACAGUGCCAUCAAGAAAGCAAAAGAGUUAUCUUCCUCGUUAUGGAAUGCAAAUCAUUUCACAUUUUUAAAGGAGGACUUCUUCACUUGGAAUCCCACUGAGUUGUUUGAUCUGAUUUUUGAUUAUACGUUUUUUUGUGCAAUUGAACCAGACAUGAGAUCAGUGUGGGCCAAACGAAUGCGACAUUUGUUAAAACCAGAUGGAGAGCUCUUGACACUGAUGUUUCCGAUCAGCGAUCAUGCUGGUGGACCCCCAUAUAAAGUAUCUGUAGCCGAUUAUGAAGAAGUGCUGCAUCCAAUGGGAUUUAAAGCAGUUUCCAUUGUGGACAACAAGAUGGCUAUUGGACCUCGCAAGGGAAGAGAGAAACUUGGACGGUGGAAAAGGACUCCAAGCAAAUCCUUACUAUGAAAAGAAACACUAUUUGCUAGCAGAGGAAGCACUUGAGAGAGUUGUGAACAUUUAUGUUUUGUUAAUUGAAUUGAUUGUGCUCCAAUAAACAAACCCAAAACUCAAUCCAUUCUUUUGCUUUUUCUCCUUUUGUUUUCUUAUCCACAAUGGGCUUGGCAUACUUCAGGAUUAGCUUAUAUUCUGAAUAAAAUUUAGAAUUUAUUUCUAGAAUAA